UUCUUUUGCACCCUCACCACUCCUGAACACAACCCAGUGCUGCAAACUACCUGUCAUCACUGAGUAACUGCACCAGCUAACAGCAGGAUGCCAUUUGGAGGAGGAAAAAAGUGUGGCCGCUGUCAGAAGACAGUUUACUCCGCAGAGGAGGUAAUGUGUGACGGCCGGAGCUACCACAAGUCCUGCUUCCUGUGUAUUGUGUGUAGGAAGGGCUUGGACAGUACCACUGUUGCUUCUCAUAUGGAUGAGAUCUACUGCAAGUCGUGCUACGGCAAGAAGUACGGGCCCAAAGGUUAUGGUUAUGGUCAGGGAGCUGGGACCCUGAGCAUGGACAAGGGAGAGUCUCUGGGUAUUACACAUGAAGUUCCUGCUCCUCAUCGUCCUACCAACAACCCGAACCCAUCUAAGAUGGCUUACAAGUUUGGAGGAUCAGACAAGUGUCCUCGCUGUGGCAAGGCUGUCUACGCCGCUGAGAAAGUGAUGGGAGCUGGCAGUGCAUGGCAUAAAACUGGAUGUUUCUGCUGUGCAACAUGUGGUAAGAGCCUUGAGUCGACCACACUAGCUGAUAAGGAUGGAGAAAUCUACUGCAAAGGGUGUUAUGCCAAACACUUUGGUCCCAAAGGGUUUGGGUACGGACAGGGCGCCGGGGCGCUGGCACACACGCAGUAGAGGGCUUGUGCAGUACUGCCUCCAUCCUGCAGAGGGCAGACUGCUGCCAGUAGACAUCACAGAUACAUUCUUAGUACACAUAAUCAGUAGCCUACAUAAAUAAUAGGACAAAGCUGAUUUGUAUUUGCUGUUAAAUCUGGACGCAAAACUCAUAUUUAAUAAUACCAUGACAUUAUCUGUCUGUCUAAAACUGCAUUGUAAAUCUGCUAUAAGUGAUUAUUGUAUUUAAUUUGAAUCAUUCUCUGUUUUUUCUCUCUGGGAAUUAAAGGACAGGUUCACAUUUUUCCACCUCUGUCUUAAAACAAUAGUCAGGUGCCUAAAUACACAUUUCAAUAGUUUUUUUCUUGCCAUAAUCAUUCCUCCUGUUCAUACUGUAGGCUACUAACCAUUACAAGAUCAUUUCUUAAUGCACUUUAUGUGUAAGUGAUUGAAUCUAGUGAGUGAAUCUACAGUCAUCCUUGUGUGCAAAAUUUUAUUUAAAAGUGUAUCUGAAGCUGCUAUGAAGCUUGAUUUGACAAAUUAGUCGAAUCAAAUAGGUGUCUUUCAAUGUUAUAGUCUUAUUAGUGCCAGAGUCCUUCUUUUUGUAACUACCACCUCAGCUCAACAGGAAAGCACAAUCUGAAGAAACAUAAACAGGGAACUUAAAGCUAGACUGUAAAUGUGGCAGAUAUAACCUUGAUAUGACAAACUCAGAGUGCUUAAGCCGCAUAAAAGUUUCAGUCAAACUUCUAUAUAACUGUGGAAACACUAUGUAGUUUGACCUACAUCACUUACAUUGAA